GAAAGUCAACACUGCGUUUCCUUACGAACAUCAUCCAGCCCACCCUUGUCGGCUGUACAUUCUCUCAAGAUAAUUGUCACUUGCUGUUCAUAUUCAUACAGACAGUCGUUAGAAGAGAAAUAAAACAACUUCAAGACCUCAACACUACACAACUCGUUGUCAAGCGGCUCUGACAUAAAAUCGCGCGGGAUGCCUGCUGCGACUUCUUCAGAGCCGCCUUCAGUGCCACUGUCCUUCUCAAAUAACUUCUGGGGGAAGGAUGACGCUGGCGUCGCUCCUCUACUUGAGCGCAUGCAUAAUGCGAAGACGACUUGCGACGAGCUGAAGGCAUUCUACUCUGCUCGCGCUGCUAUAGAGGAGGACUACGCCAAAAGACUAUUAUCCCUCGCUCGCAAACCUCUCGGCUCCGCAGAGUCUGGAACUCUGCGUCUCUCGCUCGAUGUUGUCCGCGCAGAAAUCGAAGCCAUGGGUAAAGCCCACCAGAAUAACGCUGCACAGAUGCGAUCAGAACUGGACGAGCCCUUAGCUGCCUUCGCAGGUGCCUUGAAAGAAAGGCGUAAGAUUGUACAAGUCGGUAUCGAGAAGCUUCACAAGUGCAAAGCCCAACAGACGGCUGCUGCGAAUAAGGCCCGUGACAAAUACGAGAACGAUUGCCUCAAGGUCAAGGGUUACCUUGCCCAAGGGCAUAUGGUCAUGGGUCACGAGGAAAGAAAGAAUAAAGCGAAGCUUGAGAAGACGCAGAUCCAGAUGAGCAGCAACAGUAGCGAGUAUGAGGCUGCCAUUAAGGUCCUCGAAGAAACGACUGGCAGGUGGAACAGGGAGUGGAAGGCUGCAUGUGAUAAGUUCCAGGACCUCGAGGAGGAGCGUAUCGACUUCCUUAAGACGAGUCUCUGGACGUUCGCAAACAUUUCAUCUACAGUGUGUGUGAGUGAUGAUGCGUCUUGCGAGAAAAUUCGUUUGUCUCUUGAAGACUGCGAUGUCGAAAAGGACAUCAUCACCUUCAUUAAAGAAAAAGGAACUGGCCAGGAGAUUCCAGACCCACCAAAAUACAUUGACUUUUGCAGAGGUGAUGCCAGUGAUGCAGCAUCUGAAGCUUCGAUGGACGAAGCAUAUACUGUUGCGCAGUUCCCACGACCCAUCAAUCCCGCCAUUAGGAGCUCGUCGCCACAGCCAUCAGUUUUUGAAUCCCACAACGAUCCUAGUCCAAACACAGCACUCGCGCAAGAAAUGGGGAUGGCUGCUAAACCUCCGCCACCAGAGCAAGAUCCGUUCCGGCGAUCUGAUCGCUCUGAUCGUUCUGUACGCUCAGGUCACCAUCAGGUUUACAAUAGUGGGAGACAAUCUGUCCGUGGAAAUCCAUAUCAGCAAGUAAAUAUGGAAGACGUACCGCAGAUUCCACACAACCCGUAUCCCAGCAAUGGCAUGACACAAUUCUGUCGCUCUACUCCAAACAUACCCCCACCAGGCGAGCGAAGUGCAGCCUCAAGCCCUAUUCGUCCGUCAAGCCGAGAUUCUGCAAGCGAGUAUUCGAAUCCAAGCUCUUUCACAAGUUACGGGCCAUCUAGCGGUGCUGCAUCGCCCGUGAAACAGAUGGAUAUCCCUCAGCUGACACCUGUUGGGGAAGAUCAGUCACCAAGGAAACGAGGCUUCUUUAACAGCCCGUUCAAGCGAUCGAAGAGUAGGCAUGGCCGAGAACUUGCAGGAGCAAAUUCCGAGACUUCCUCGGCUUCAGCUACGCCAACUAAUCCUCGAAGCACAUGGUCGGCCUCACCAGCGGGUAAAAACGUCAGUUAUGACACCGACAACCGCGACAGCCCAGCCAGAUAUCGCGGACGUGGAAAUACUUUUACUCGAGGUCAAGAACCAACUCCUGAAGCUGAACCUGUUGACCCCAACGCACAAUUCCAACUUAAUGUCGGCAAUAAUGUCUUCGAUGUUGAAAGUCCAGAUAUGGGAAAUUCCUCUCAACAACAGAAGAGCGGCAAUGACAACCUGGAGAUGGAUCCGAUCGCGCAAGCCCUUGAGGAUUUGAAAGGUAUCACGAAAGCGUCAUCUGUUCGGCAAACAGCCGACAGGUACGCAGGUCUUGCGACACCUGCACCAGGUGCUUCACCUUUGCCAGGAGGGAUGCCAACGCCCCUAUCUAACGCGAAUAUUGUCGGAGCUCAACGGGGUACACCUCCGCCUGCCUAUGAUGUACCCGUGAGCCGUCUUGGUGCACCGCCCGCUGCACACACAGCAAAAGCAAUGCGUGAAACUACCAAGCAAUUCACAGCAAAAAAGGAUGACAUUUUUAACCGUGGCAGCGGUGGUGGAACUUGGGGCAGGAAUCAAAAUAAUCAUAUAAUGCGUGCGGCGUCGCCUCAGCCAAUACGUGCAGCAAGCCCACAGCCUGCCGUGUACAACCAGCAGCACCAAUCACCUAAUCAGGGGCGCACCCCGUCGCACAAUGCGUACAACAGACCCCCAUCAUCUGCUGGCCUUCAUAACAAUGCCAGACCAGUGUCGCCAAACCCGUACGGCAGUACACCUCCUGGUAAUUCCGGACGGCCUCGAGCAAAUACAAACUAUGGUUCUCAACGUGGUGCACCACCAGCGCGGGCAGUUUCCCCUCAACCGCACUUCGGUGGCCCGGCCUCCCGCCCCCAGAGUCGUGCUGGUGGUGGGCCAAUGGCAGUGCAGCUUGCUUCACCAUCUCCACAAUCCGAAGGUGGAUAUGGAACCCAGAGGGGCAGGCCACAGAGCAUGUAUGUUGGCGGUGGGGGCAAUGAGGUGGGACGUGUGAGGUCGAAAAGCGUCGCUGAACCUGGUCGAAUGACUACGAGGGAUGGGAUACCCAUUAUGCACUACGCGAGAGCAUUGUACAUGUAUCAAGCGCAAAUACCCGAAGAACUAGGGUUCGCAAAGGGCGACGUGCUUGCCGUCCUCAGACAUCAGGACGAUGGGUGGUGGGAAGCUGAAGUAUGCGGCAAAGAAGCGAAUGGGCGAGGCCUGGUGCCUAGUAAUUAUCUACAAAUCUGCUAGGAUUGCUGCUCAAUCCUCGGAGUAUAAGAAUGCCGGUAGAUGACUUGAUGGAAGCACGAUAUUCUUAACGAUUCCGAUUGUGGGACAAGAUUUUGAUCUGGAUCUGCCUGGCUUGACAACAGCGUCUGUGUCGGGCUUGUUCUCUUGUACACUAGGAAUGCUUUUGAUUGAUCUGCCUGUACAAGCAUUCACUCAGGGUUGUGGCAUGUUAAUGGCGUACGUUCAUGGACAAAUUGUGCGGGCUAGUACAUCCAUCAUUAUUAGCUUGAAUAUAUGGAGUUUUAAGGCACAUUUCAU